GUUGUAACAUCAAUCACUGUUGCUAUAAAAUAAAGUGAUUGUCUAAAGGCUGGGCAUUGUUUUGUUUAGUGUGAUUGUGCUGUGCAGGAUAAAGUAAUGUCUUCAAUUCUGUUACUCACUCUAUUAGUAGCAUCACUGUCUUCCUCUGUGAGAAGUUUUGAUUUUGAUGUGAGUGCUUACAUUGACUGUGGUGUACAAGGGUUUGUGGAGAGAAACCAACGAAAAUGCUACCGAACACGGGUAGAAGGUGAUCCAUGCAAUCCGAUUGGUUGCAACUCUACUGUCAUUCCAAGAACCAACUUUAGUAUUACCCUCCAGCCGUCACAGGGUGGUGCGUUGCAAACUAAAUUCUGGAGCCCGGGAAAUAUUCGCAACCCUCCAAGAAAUUACCAGAACAAUCGCCAGUGCCAAUACCAUCUCGUCUGUCCAGCAGGGCAAGUGCUCUUUUUUGGAUUUAGAGCUGGCAACUUUGACUUAGAGCCAGCUGAAACCGAUUUCUGUCUAGACUACGUGUUCGUCGAGGAUUUUUCUGAAGGUAGUUUUCUAUUGUGUGGAUCUCAAGCACAAAGAUCUUGGACAAGAGCAGCUCCGCUAAGAGUGGAGUUUAGGAGCAAUGCAGGAGGACGUUAUCCAGGGUUUCAGAUAGAUGCAAUAUGUGUUCAGCCUGAGUUGGGAAACCAGCCUGGGUGUACGUCUCCUCCUCCCGACAAUGUGACUAUUGCAGGCAGGAAAAAAAGGGCCACAGUGGACAAGAGGAGCGUGGUUCCUCUAGUCGGCAACUGUGUACGUGUCCCGAGAGAAGGCUCCAUACUCUACAAAAACCAUGUCCUAAAAGUAGAAGUGAAUGGACACAUUGUAAGAACGUUUCGCUCCAUUCGCAGAUUGAUUUUUUGGACUGGUUUCAGAGGAGUGAGAGCGUUUUACAGAAGUACGAAUGAGCUCAUUUUUGGCUCUGGUCAACUGAAAAUCAUUAACAAUUGUGCCUACUACUAUACAUUUGACAUACCACCUCAGUUGGAGCCUACUGAUAGUGAGACUGAGCUUAUCACCCUACUGCUCAAUGCCACUGUGGCCUUCAUCAGGGACGAGGACACUGAGGACACACCCACUGCCCCACCCACAAGGUUCCCUCCACACCUGGGACUCAAAUUCAACUUCAAUCUAGGAGUGUAUACCAAGAAAUACCAUUACAAAAGAAGCUCGUACUCACAUGUGCACAGCGACCCUCGAGUAUCACAGGAGGCACUAGCCACAGCACUCAAUUGGCAAAAUGCCUGCAAUGUAUUUCUGAGGGAGUCAGCUUUAUCCUAUCUUCAAAUACUUACCGAGAAUGGCAUAUCACCAUGACGACAGCCAAGACAGUACUAGCCUAUCAGACUAAUUAUCUUAAUUUGUUUGUCCUAUCUCCUUCUUGCACCAUUCCCUUAAUACAAUAUUAUUUUCUGUCAGUACUUUCUGUCAGUACAUGUGUUGCAGCAAAGAAAAAGGCUUCUAUUGACCAACCACUAUAGACUAAACAUAUCA